AUGGAGGCCACCGCGGCGGGCGCGAAGGACCGCUUGGGGUCACCGCCGUGUCACCGCCGCGCCACCGCGCUGCGGUCCUGCCGCUUCCAGCCGCGGGCUCGCGGACGGCGCGGCCGUUGCCCAGGCGACGCGCAUAGCAGCGCCACCCGCCGGAGGCGGCCACCGCGGUCUGGUCCCCAACGCGACAUGGCCGACUUGCGCUCGCGUCGCGGACAGCGAAAGACGAAGGAGGAUCCGGGGUCCAAGAGGGCCUCGACGGAGGAGAAGCAGCCGGAGGAGGAGGAGCAGGGGGAGGAGGAAUGGGGGGAGGAGGAGGAGGAGGAGGAGGAGGAGGAGGAGGAGGAGCGGGAGGAGGGGGAAGAGGAGCGGCGGGGCGACGAGGGCAAGUCCUCCGAGUUCUGCGACGAGGACCUCUGGAAGGUCGUGGACGUCCUAGACACCGAUGACGGCUUCCUGGCCUCGCACCCCCGUCUGGCCAGCGUGGAGAGCCCCAGCCUGGGCUCCACGUCCACUCUCACCCAGCAGUUGAGCACCUCUGAGAGCCCGCUGUCCCCCCACAGCCCGACGCCGCCCAGCGAGGUCCGGACGCCAAGCCAGAUCACGCUCUCCAGCACCUCCUCCCGGAAAAGUUUUCCUAAAAUAUUUGAAACAUUUAAGAAAGACACGAGUGAAAGAAAUAUAGAUAGAAGUAUCUAUAAAGGGUUGUACCCAGGAGUUCCAAUGUCGGUACAAACAGAAGAGAGCUGGCUUCAGGACAUGUUUGGUGACAAGGACGCAGACAGAUGGGUGAUCAAUCCCGAGGAGCCCAAACUCAGCGUGCUGUGUGAGCUGGAGUUUAAAGAAGACUUCAUACAGCUCUUUGAGCCUUCCCUGACAACACUGCCCAGCGUCGGGCCGCCGUCCAUUCUGGCACACAAAAAAGAUCAUUCCGACUCAGACAUUUACUUCAAGGAGGAAGAGGAAGAUCUUGCCCCCAAGUGUGAAUUCUGUAACAGUGACCUCCACUCAUUCCUCUCCAACGUGGACAUUUCCUCUAACAUGGAAGGACCUCCCCCUUGUUGCCGUCAUUUCCAAAAUCUCAUCGACUUCAUCUAUGAGGAAAACCAGAAAUCCCAACGCACUGCGACGGAGCUGAUCAAGAUUGCCCCUCACGCGGCCCACGGCAGCGAGGCGGAGCGGCUCAAGGCCAAGGAGAGGGCCCAGAGGAGGAAACAGGAGCGGCUGGCGGCCAGGCAUCUUGCAAUACUGGCCAACACGGAGCAGAUUAGUUCUAUACCAGAAGACCCAAGGCGCUUAAAAACAAUUUCAUAUCAACUUUCGGUGGAUGUUCCAAAACCAAAGCCAGUUGUAGAAAGGCUAUCUGACUUUUAUCUGAAGUAUACUAAUAUAUCCAUCCUUUGUUGUGAUUCCAGGAGAGCAUGUGGAAAGGUGGUGACCAGCGAGCUCCUGGAGAGGCACUACAAGAACGGCCGCAAGUUCCUGACCUCGUUCCCAGACGGGACCACACAGAUCUUCUAUCCAUCUGGAAACCUAGCCAUCAUCCAAGUGCCCAACAAGAUAAAUGGCUUCACGUGUAUAAUCCAAGAAGACGUGCCCACGAACCCUGCCAUCCUGGCGCUGCUGGACUCCUCRGGCAGAGGCUCCUGCUACCACCCCAAUGGAAAUGUCUGGGUGUUCAUCAAUCUCCUGGGAGGUCAAUAUUCAGAUCAAGCUGGCAAUAGAAUAAGAGUCUGGAAUUGGUCCCGUUCUGUGACGUCCUCGCCUUUGGCUUCGUUCAAGCCUGUCUUCCUGGCUCUGAACCACCAYGUUGGAAUUCGAAUCUUAGGGCAGGACAAGGUUUCCAUCACUUUCCUAGCAAUGGGACAACAGGCAAGAAUCAGUGUUGGGACCAAAGUGAAGGUGGCCCUGCCUGAGGAGAUCCCAGUGCUGUGGUACGUGAGUGGAGAGGAUCUCUUCCUGCUGGCCAGCUUAAUCAAGAUCCGCAGGCUGUUCCACAGGCUGCAAGGUGGCGCAGCCUUCCCCUCGAGCCAGGUUUGGGGAAGACUGAAGCAGCCUUCCUACCUUUCUUCACUCUGUCUAAAACUACUUGCCCUCUGUCACAACUCAGGGGCAAAGAAAGAUAUCCUGACGACAGUCAGAGACAGAAUAAAGGAAAACAUUUAA